AUGGCGCUCUCCCAAAUCGAGCGCCAGGUCUUGUCUCAUUCAAUCAAUUGCUACGUCUCGGAGAACAAAAUUGUCGUUGAGAACCUUACCACAGUCCUUGGUCUUUCUCUCAGGCUUGAGGAGAAGCUCUCCGAAGUCCGCGAGCUUCGCAUACUAGAUAUGCCUUACGGACCUAGAUCGUUGGAUCCCUACCGCGAGCUCAUCUUUCUCGCAAAGGAGGGUCUCGCUCUCACUGAAGUAUACAUUGCGCCAUACUGCGGACCAAGCGCGGAUGGAGUGUAUCAGGUCAUGGCCCUGAAAUUUCGCGCAACAUUCCACCACAUAUUCUGCCAGUAUCACAACACGCCCCCUGUCCGUCUACUACGCCAGAAGAAGGCUGGGGGACUUAGCGCUUUCAGCGCUUACUACCUGGCUUCCAGGCAAGACCAGGACUUUGAAUUGGCUGCUUCCCCUGCUCCAUCUGUCCAAUCUUUUGUCACCAACCCUUAUGCUCCCAACGCUCAGGCCCCAGUCAAUGACCCAUCUCAGACCAAGCCUCAGUCUCGCACAACUCCUAAGCACCCUCCUGGUAUCAACCCGGAUGUCGUGCUCCAAUACGAACCUCCUGUGUCAGCUAGUACCUUCUUGAUGCCAGCUCUGGACUACACCCCUGAGACCAAGAGACUUUUCGAACUCGCAACCAAAUGCGCAGAGGAGAAUCUGGACCCAGCACACCCCCUGGUGCUGUCAUUGGCUCUGGAGCGAGCCACUUUCCUCAUCGACUGUCUUGCUGACUAUGAGAAGGCUUUCAAGGUGGUNCAAAAGGCCGCUCGUGCAGCUGCUCUUCGCAAGAAAGAGGUGACCGAAUUCAACUGGGCCGAUGAUGUCGACAUCUUGCACAACAUGACUGCUCUUAUUGCCAGCUGUGAGCUGGUUCUGCAGCCCAAGAAGCGUAUGAUACCGGUCACACCACGUAUUGCCUCUCCUCCCCUGUACCCACCUCCCAACCGCGAACUUCCUACUCCACCUCGUCAGCGUAACGGCUCGGCUCGCACCUUUUACUACAACGGUCAGCACGACGCCUCUAUUCGCAGUGACUCUGCUCAUGGUGGAGCUGAUGGUAGUGAGAAACACGCUUCGGCUCUCAAGCAGGCCCAACAGUCCCCACCAGGAGGCAUCUAUCUUAGCGUAGUGCAGAAACCCGACAUCUUGCAGCCAACUCUCACCAACGAUGCAGCCUUCACUAAGGGAGGUAUCAGAGCUGGUGUCAACAAGAGCGCUACACGCAUCAAGUCACCUAUGAACCUCGACAGCCAGAUUGAGCUAAUCAACAAGGAGAUCCUCGCACAUAAGAAGUCAAAUAGAUCUCGCAGCAGUGGUAUUAGCUCCAAGUCCAAGGGUGAAGGAAGACGUAUGGAGGGAACCGGCACAGAGAAGGAGCGCAAGAGACGUGCUCUCGAAAGAGCUGAGGACGAACUGCUGAGAAGCCGUGCUACCAGCAAGGCAAGCACUCCUGUGGGCUUCCUUUGA